GAUGCUCUCGGUGUCUGUCCGUUGCGCUCCUCCAGCAGCGGCAGCAGCAUGUCCACAAUGAUGAGCGGCUUAGUGAAUAUGGCGAGUCUGGCGGAUUUCGAGCCGCUCGCGGCGGUGAUUCCCGCCACGAAAGUUGAGAUCACCGUAUCGUGCAGAAACCUCUUGGACAGAGACACCUUCUCAAAAUCUGAUCCAAUUUGUGUGCUGUACACUCAGACUGUGGCGAACAGGGAGUGGAGAGAGUUUGGCAGGACAGAAGUCAUCGAUAACACACUGAAUCCAGACUUUGUGCACAAAUUCAUCCUCGAUUACUUCUUUGAAGAGAGACAAAAUUUACGAUUUGACCUGUAUGACCUUGACUCAAAGAGUGAAAACCUGUCCAAACAUGACUUUCUGGGCCAGAUGUACUGUACUCUCGGAGAGGUGGUGGGCUCUCAGGGUAGUCGCAUGGAAAGAUCGCUUGUAGGCAUUCCUGGAAAGAACUGUGGAACUAUUAUUGUGAAAGCUGAAGAACUUGGAAAUUGCAGGGAGUCAGUAUUGAUGCAGUUUUGUGGCAACAAACUGGACAAAAAAGAUUUCUUUGGAAAGUCAGACCCUUUCCUGGUCUUUUACCGUAGCAAUGAAGAUGGAACAUUUACCAUCUGUCAUAAGACAGAGGUGGUGAAAAACACGCUGGACCCUGUAUGGCAGGCCUUCAAGAUCCCAGUCAGAGCACUGUGUAAUGGGGAUUAUGACAGAGCAAUAAAAAUCGAGGUGUAUGACUGGGACAGAGAUGGAGGUCAUGACUACAUCGGCGAGUUCAGCACCAGCUACAGGGAGCUCUCUAAAGGCCACACUCAGUUUACUGUGUGGGAGGUGCUGAACCCCAAGAAAAAGAAAAAGAAGAAGAAAUAUCUUAACUCAGGAACCGUCACUCUGCUGUCCUGCUUCAUUGAUGUCGAGGUUACGUUCCUGGACUACAUCAAAGGAGGCACUCAAAUUAAUUUCACAGUGGCCAUUGAUUUUACUGCAUCAAACGGCAACCCUUCCCAACCUACCUCUCUACACUACAUGAGCCCUUAUCAUCUGAAUGCGUAUGCACUGGCCCUCAGAGCCGUGGGGGAGAUUAUUCAGGACUAUGACAGUGAUAAGCUGUUCCCUGCACUAGGGUUUGGUGCAAAACUGCCACCCGAUGGCCGCGUCUCUCACGAAUUCCCCCUGAACGGGAACCCAGAAAACCCAUACUGCAGCGGGAUAGAGGGCGUUCUAGAGGCGUAUUAUCAGAGUCUGAAGUCUGUUCGUCUCUAUGGACCAACAUACUUCUCACCUGUCAUUAAUCAUGUAGCAAGAUAUGCGUCAUUAGUGAAGGAUGGCUCAGAAUAUUUCAUCCUCCUCAUCAUCUCUGAUGGGGUGAUCUCUGACAUGGCUCAGACGAAAGAAUCCAUUGUAAAUGCCUCUAGUCUUCCCAUGUCAAUUAUCAUCGUUGGAGUGGGGCCGGCUGAGUUUGACGAGAUGAUUGAACUAGACGGAGAUGAGGUCAGGAUAUCAUCCAGGGGUCGCUUCGCAGAGAGAGACAUUGUGCAGUUCGUUCCUUUCCGAGACUACAUCGAUCGCAGAGGGAACCAUAUCCUCAGCAUGGCCCGUCUUGCCAAAGACGUUCUAGCAGAAAUCCCAGAUCAGUUCCUCCAGUAUGUGAGGAGCAGAGGCAUCAAACCUCAGCACUCAUCCCACUCCACUUCCUCCAAACCUCCGUCGACACUCAUCCACCCCGUCCACCCGCUGCAGACGCAGAUCUGAGCCAUCGCACAAACCGUACGUCUUCUCUUCGGUUCACUGUCACUCUCAGGAUCACACAUGGCCUGUCUGAGUGAAACGCUGCCCUUCUACACGCUGUCUUUCAGUAUGUAGGGUGAUGUUAGGGAGCUUUACGCACGGCGCUGUCCUUCCUCAGGCACGCUGAGGUUUCAGUAGGCAUUUCAGACUGUUUUAAAGUAUCGAGUGGCCUCUUCAGUCAGUCAAACAUCAGAUAUGAGUUCACAGUCUCUGUCUCACAUACUAUCUCCUGUUCUCAUGUCUGACGAACUUCUGCAGACGUUUACAAUUGUACUGUUUUUUACAAAUGGAUGUUUUUUUGUACCUCAUGAAAGCUGCUUAACAAUGAAACGUACUCAUUUUAUUACAUGACGUUGUAAAUAGCGCGAGUGCGAUUUUAGAAAAAGCAUGAUUCCAACCUCAGUAGAAACGUGAGAGAAACUUUCACGCAGAUGUGCGAGGCCUUGGUUUUCAUUUAAUUGUACAGUGUUCGCUUGAAAUUAUUUUACUAUCUCAGUAUUCAGUAUUCUUGGUCAUUUGACUGCCUCAAACUGUAAAGAAUUUGUGCUUAGCUUUCAUGGCAUUAGCACAGCACAGAAAUUGAACAGGAAAAGCCUUACACUCCGUUCAAGGGACAGUUCACCCAAAAUGAAAAAUUUGCCAUUAUUUAUAUAUCCUAAAGUCAUUUCAAACACUUAUGAUUCAGAUUUGUAAACUAUCAUUAUUACACAUUUUACCAGUGAUCUCAAAUUCUAAAUUUGAUUAAAUGCUAUAUUACACAAAUUGAAUUACGUAAUUUAUAAUUACGAAAAGAGAAACAUAAAUUUAACAGACUUUAUAAAUCUAAAAUAAAAAUAACCAUUUGAGAACGUUCAAAUUAACAAUUAGGGAACAUUUUGUAUAAAUUCUCAUUCGGUUGUCACAAGAAAAACAAUUUUAUGUUAGGUAAAUAAAAUCUACAAAAAUUAUUUUCAUUAGAUCAACACAAAAACUUGAAUUAUGUUUAUGGUUAUUAAAAAUAACUCUUCUUAUUCUUAGAAUGUUAGAAUUGGUUCCCAAAUAAAUAACCAUAUCCUUACACUUUACCUCUUUUCCUCACAAAGUUUCAGAAGAUUUGCAUUGGCAGUAUAAAAGUAUUUACUUUCCUUGUAUGGAAAAGAGCAGCAUGAACUUUGUGCUAAAUGUCUCUUCUUCUUUUUUUUUCACUGAAAAAAGAACAAAUGGGUUUGUCAUGAUAUGAGACUGAGUAAAUGUCAGAAUUUUCAUUUUUGGAUGAACUGUUCCUGUACAGACAGAACUGUAGCUGCUCUCUAUGUCUAUAUCCAAGCACAGAAAUGCAAGCACAGCCUCAUACAGAAGUAGCAUAUGCUUUGAAGCAUGCACCACACAAAUGGUGUGUUUUGUUUGCGUUUGUAAUCAUUAGUCUUAAUUGCAUGCAGUUUGAGGUACAUGCUGUUAUUCUGGGUUCAGAGCAAUGAGAUUUGUUCUUUGGGUCAUUCUACAAUUAUGGUGGCAGAUACUUUUGCCUUUCAACAACAAAAUGUCAAUACAUAUACUUUUCCUUGAGAUCAGUGGUUCUAAACUCCGGCCCUCAGGGCCCUCUGCUUUGCACAUUUUGUAUGUUUCUGAAUCUGACACACUCAGUUCAGUUCAUGGAUCUUUCUCCUAAUGAGCUGAUGAUCUGAAUCAGGUGCGUUAAAUGAGGGAGACAUUCAAAAUGUGCAGAGCAGAGGGCCCAGAGGACUGAAGUUGAGAACCACUGCUUUAUAAAAUUAAAUUUUACUGUAAAAUUCUGUUUUAACAUAGUCAAGUGGUUUUAUUCUGUUGUGCAUUUUAGAUAUAUUAAUCAAUCUGUAAUGCAUUUUGUAAAUAACCAUGAAAUUUGUCAGUGGCAUUACUGUCAGUGAUUUUAAUGGUUCCUAUUACCUUUACCUGAAAAUGAAAAUUUGCUGAAAACGUACUCACUUUCAGGCCAUCCAAGAUGUAGAUGAGUUUGCUUCUUCAUCAGAUUUGGAGAAAUGCAGCACUACAACACCACUCUGGAGGGAAUGGGUGCCGUCAAAACAGUGAAUCAAAACAUCACAAUAAUCCACAAGUAAUCUACACUACUCCAGUCCAUCAACUGACUUAUUUUGUAAAGAAAAAAGAUGGGUGUUUGUAAGAAACAUAUCCAUCAUAAAGAUAUUUGAAUAAAAAAAAAAAAAACACUUUGUCCAAAAUUUCAAUCCAUGAUGGAGGAAUAAUGCUUCCUCCACUGAAAAAGUCCAUUUCCUGUUUUCCUCUCACAUCAAAAUCCACCAACAUAUUUGUUUAAAGUUGUUUUGGACCAUUUACACUUGUAGACGAUGUUUGAUCUGUGCAGUGAUUCAGACGAGACAACAUUUGCACUAGACAAAGCAAUCUUUUGAAUGGAGGACUCAUAUUUUAGCCUGAACCAACAGUUUGCAUCUUAAUGAUUAAUUUAUUCCUUACAACCACCCAGCUUUUAGCUUCACAAGAUAUUAACUGGAGUGGUGUGGAUUACUUGUGGAUUAUUGUGAUGUUUUUAUCAGAUGUUCGGACUUUCAUACUGACAGCACCCAUUCACUGCAGAGGAUGUCAGUCAGUUUUCAUCAGAAUUUUGUUUUUGGACUAUUACUUUAGCAUAAAAUCACUGAAGACAGAAGAGCAAAUCAGCCACUGGUAAAAUUUCAUCUUAAAUAUAAAAUAAAUAUUUAAUAUCACUCUGAAAUGGAAAAAAGAAGACAAAUGAAGAUUGGAUGGUACCCCAGAUAGCACACGUACAUCUGCAAGAUGUCUGUUAAAGAUCUCUUGAUCUGGAAAGCAUCUGCUGUGUACAAACGUCUGGCAGAUGUCUGUAAGAUGUCAGUUUUACAUGCAUUCUAAAUCAUAAACAUCUUAAAGACAUCUAAUAGACGUCUAUUUGACAUCUGAUAGGAAACAUCCAAUAGACGUCUUGCAGAUGAGCAAACUACGUCUUGCAGAUGUAAAUGCUGACGUCAAAUAGACAUCUCCGAGAUGUACGUGUGCUAUUAGGGAUGUUUAAUUCAGAACUGAUGAACUGGAAAUAACAUCACUAUUGUAGAAUGAUUCAGUUAAAUUGAUUCUUUUCAAAAUAUCACAAGAAUCGUCAAGAACAAAAUUAAAGUUUUCAAAUUUUUACAAUCCAGUGCAUCAGAAGUUCUCAACCAAACAAUGCUCAGUGACACCCAGUUAAACUGCCUUUAGGAAAAAAAAGGCUACCAACAGCACUUAACGUGUCUCUUGAGAUGGCUCCAGUCAGUGUCAAGAGCUCAGAUGUGCUGCUCCUGCUCCAAACCCUUCAUAUUUCAGCAAGAAAAAACACAAGCAAGCCUUUACCCCAGCAACCCCGAGAAAAAAUAACUCAAACACAGGCACAGAGCUAAGACUUCAUUUAUUUAACAUGACAGUGUGUCAACGUCAAACUCACACCCACUCACGCUGCAUCUAUGCUGUAUUAUCUCUAUAAAUCAUGCAGAAAACAUGCAUCAAAAUUUAACCGUGUAUGGGAUGGGAGCGCUUCUUCCGUAAGGAUUCAGGCAUUGUCGCUGCGGUCUUCCUCGUUUAUGGUCAAAUUAAACUGAGCGUUAUUACAAACUGAACCACUUCUGUAGAUUAUUUGUACAUUGACUAUGAUAAUUCAUGAAUGAGAAAAAUUGCAGCUAAAAAACUUGAGAUGAACGCUUCUUGUUGGUUUUAAAACAAAGUAUUUUGACUGCAUGGCUAAUGAAUUGUUUACAAAUAUCAGAUAUUGUGCAUUUAAUCUCAGGUGUGAUUACCCUUAUUUGUGAAAGUGGUGACAGGUGCCAGUUUGCUUAGUUAGGACCAGUUUACCUGCUCAUUACACCUCAAAGGGUUAGAGGUUGUGUUCGUCGGGUGUAGGUUGUUUAAUGUUUUUUUUGUUGUUGUUUUUUUUCUUUAGUACAGCACUGGUUGGACGGCAUGAAUUUUAGUCCUGAAUCAUUUUUGCUGAGAAUCUUUUAAGAUGAAUUUAGGUGGACUAAUAGAAGUCCCGUAUCAUAUAAACACAGAUAUUGUUUAUAUACCUUUGUUAUUUAUAAAUUCACAGUUUAAUAUUGCCUGCAUCAUGUUUGCAUGAGCAGUAUUUUAAAUGAAAUAUGAAACUUAUUUCAUAGAUUGUUUGUUUUAGAAAUGACGUUUGCCUUAAUAGAGCAUUUAUUUAUGUUAUGCCAAAUUUACUAUAUUUAAUUGUCGCAUUUUUCAUUUAUUACUUUUUUGAAACACUUUCCUUGUGCAGUUACUCCAGUAUAAAAAGGUUUUGUGAUUGAGAUGCAUGCAGGUGCUGUUAAAUCAGUGUAGUCUGGCAUUAAAUGCACUCACAAAUAAAUCAAGUGUAGCACUUAUCAAUGCAAGAACAUAGUUAUUUAAAAAAUGUUGAU